AAUUACCCCGAGAUGUCCGGAACGUACAAGUCAUGUAUGGUACUGUACCGGAAGCACUGUAGUUUAAAAUGCGCUGUUCCCCUAAAGUCCAGUAUAGUAGAGUAUAUGCUUCCUGCAUAUUCGGUCGGUAGUUUCUUUCUGCAGCUACGAAAGCGGGGAUGCAGGCUCCGUGCUGCAGGGUCACUUCCGACUCGGCGAUGGCGGGGAGCGUUGGUUGGCCGGUUUUGCAUCAGAAUAUGGCGGCUGUGUCUGGGAAUUCGAAGCCGGUUCCAUCGCUCAUGUUGUUUAGGAAUUCGUCCCACCAGUUUAAUUAUUUGAAAUCUUUGUCUUCUUCAUCUUCUUCGGUGUUUUCGUCGCCGUUGCAGCUGCAUUUGUUUUCGCAGUCGCGGAAUUUAUGGUCUCGUGUAACGCGCGUUUCCACCGCGCUGGUGGAAUACGCGGCUCCUCCGCCGGAUUUUGAUUUUGAGAAAGAAAUCGCGAGGCUUAGAGGGCUUAAGGAAACCCUAGCUGGUUGCGGCACGUUGGCGGAGAAGUUGAGGGCGGUGGACUCGGAUUUUAGGGUUAAGUCGUUUUUCAAGUCCCGGGGGAAUGAUUUUGUAGGGGUGGGUUUGAGCGAUCACGAUAUGUAUUUGCUGAAAUGCGUGGUGGCGGCGGGUCAAGCUCAUGUGUUGGGUGAAUUUGGGGAAGAAUUGGAGAAUGGAGAUUCUGAACUCGGGAGGAGUUCCAUUCGAGCUGCAUUUUAUGCGUUGGCGGAGAUGAUUGAAAAUGGCGAAAGUAGUACUAGUCAGGGCUUGAAGGACAGAGACAGAGAUGCAUUGAGGUCGCUAGCGAAGAUGCUUGGAGAGGUUGAGCGAUUCUAUGAUUGCAUUGGCGGAAUCAUCGGAUAUCAGAUGAUGGUAUUAGAGCUGAUUGCACAAUCAAAUCAAGAGGGGCAGAACAUUAAUUGGUCCUCGCAAACAAAUAGGCUAUUAAAAAGCAAGUUUGUUGAAAUUCAUCCUCCCUCUGUUCUUGACCUUUCUAAAGACACUGAAUAUGCACAUCAAGCGGCUCUUUGGGGGAUUGAGGGUUUGCCUAACUUGGGAGAAAUUUAUCCUCUAGGAGGGUCAGCAGACAGGCUUGGCCUUGUUGACCCAGAAACAGGUGAAUGCCUUCCUGCUGCAAUGCUUCCGUACUGUGGACGAACCUUGUUGGAAUGUCUCAUAAGGGAUCUUCAGGCUAGGGAGUUCUUGUACUUCAAGCUGUAUGGGAAGCAAUGCAUCACUCCUGUUGCAAUAAUGACAAGCUCAGCAAAAAACAACCAUUUGCAUAUUACAUCUCUCUGCAAAAGGCUUGGAUGGUUUGGAAGAGGAGAAUCAAACUUUUAUCUUUUUGAACAGCCUCUUGUUCCAGCUGUUACUGCAGAAAAUGGUCAGUGGAUUGUAGCAAGGCCAUUUGAACCUGUUUGUAAGCCUGGAGGUCAUGGUGUAAUAUGGAAAUUGGCCCAUGAUAAAGGUGUUUUUAAAUGGUUUCGGCGUCAUGCAAGAAAAGGAGCAACUGUUAGACAAAUCAGUAAUGUUGUAGCUGCCACAGAUUUGACUUUACUGUCAUUGGCUGGAAUUGGUUUACAUGAUGGAAAGAAAUUAGGAUUCGCAUCAUGUAAACGCAAUUCUGGUGCGACAGAAGGCAUCAAUGUUCUACUCGAGAAGAUGACAUUAGAUGGAAAAUGGACAUAUGGUUUGUCUUGCAUUGAAUAUACUGAGUUUGAAAAGUUUGGAAUUAGUGUUGUGCCCUCAUCUUCCAACAGUCCGCAGGAAGAGUUUCCAGCAAAUACGAAUAUCCUUUACGUGGAUUUGCCUUCUGCAGAGCUUGUUGGAUCUAGUGAAAAUGAGAACAGUUUACCAGGGAUGGUGCUUAAUGUGAAAAAGGCUAUCUCAUAUGUUGAUCAAUUUGGAAUGAAGCACUGUGUAUCUGGAGGUCGCUUGGAAUGUACCAUGCAAAACAUUGCAGAUAAUUUUGGAAACACAUAUUCUUCUCGAUGUUAUAAAAGUGUAAAAGAUGAGAUUGACACCUUUAUUGUUUAUAAUGAAAGAAAAAAGGUUACUUCUUCCGCUAAGAAGAGAAGGAAACAUGGUGAUAAGUUGCUGCAACAGACUCCAGAUGGUUCUUUGUUGGACAUCACACGUAAUGCUUACGAUCUUUUGUCUCAUUGUGGAAUAACAAUGCCAAAGGUGGAAGCCAAUGAAGAGUAUGUUAAUUCUGGACCUCCAUAUCUCAUCCUCCUUCAUCCUGCUCUUGGCCCUAUUUGGGAAGUCACCAGACAAAAGUUUCUAGGUGGCUCCAUUGCCAAGGGUUCUGAGUUGCAGAUUGAAGUUGCUGAGUUUCUUUGGAGAAAUGUUCAGCUUGAUGGAAGUUUGAACGUUUUGGCUGAAAAUGCUGUGGGAUCAACUGAAACUAUUGCAAUUGGUGAAUCUAUACUUCAAUAUGGAAGGAGGUGUGCAAGGUGCAAACUAGAGAAUGUUAAGGUGCUGAAUAAUGGAAUAGAUUGGAAGUCAGGAGAUAACCGGUAUUGGCAGCAUAAUGUCAAGCGGUUAGAGGCCGUAAAGGUGAUACUGCAUGGUAAUGCUGAAUUUGAAGCAACAGAUGUGGUGAUACAGGGAGAUCAAGUUUUUGAAGUCCCAGAUGGUCACAGAUUGCGUAUUACACCAGGAAUUUCAGGUUUAGAUAUGGAGUUGACACCUAUAGACGACGAAUUAAUGGACUGCGGAACAUGGUUUUGGAACUACAAAAUACACGGGGGGGCGCACAUUGAACUAGUGUUGGUAGACAGCCAUAAACACUAACACCCCUUGCCUGUCCCUCCGUCAAUCUGUGAAUUAUUGUUCACGGAUAAAUAAGUGGUCGGUCUCGAAUAGCCAGCCGGGCUGUCUGUCUAUCCUCCUUCAGUACCCCCACACAAUACAAUGAAUGUAAUUUUAUUUACAGCUACAGCCGGGUGUGAAGUUUGUAAUAGAACAAUGGAUCGAUCUUUAUUUAUACAUACAUUGCAGCAGCAAUUUCAACAGA